UUACGACAGUUUCACAAACAAAACCGUCACAAUUUGCGGUAGUCUGUCCCUCGCUAGGAAGAAGAGGCAGACAAGCAGCAGUCCAAAGUGAACGAAAAGCAGUUGUCGAAAGGCAAUGCGCAUUGGGCUGCCCAGUGGAGAGACGCUGCAAAGGGGAUCCUUAAAAACUUUGAUUUUGACUGUACUCGUCAGUGUGUUUAUGUUCCAGCUUCUGAGGACUGUUGGACUGAGAGCGUUCUCCAUGGCAUCUGAAACGUACACAACAGGGACACACUCUGCAGCUUUUGUCACCUGUCCAAAUGACACUGUUGCUAGAGACUUGGCAAGGGGUAUUGUGGAAAAGAAACUAGCUGCUUGUGUCAACAUUAUCCCAGCAAUUAAAUCAAUAUACGAGUGGCAGGGGAAGAUUGAAGAGGACAAUGAGGUGCUUUUGAUGAUCAAAACAAGAAGUUCAAAGGUGCCUGCUCUUGCUGAAUAUGUCCGCUCUAACCAUCCCUACGAGGUGGCCGAGGUCAUCAGCCUGCCUAUUGACCAGGGAAACCAGCCUUAUCUGAAAUGGAUAGGAGAUGUUGUGCCUGAGUAGGGUGGGAGGAGAUGAUGAAUUAGCGAUACAAUUAAUGGAAAUGAAAUGAAUGAAUGUAAAAAUGAAUCUGAAACAAUGUGAUUCAAUGUUUUACCAGGUCAAAAGGUAUUUUUUUUAACAAAAAAAAAACAAAAAAAAAAAAAAAACAAUAAAUUGUUUGCUUUGUUGCAGCCAUUGUUUGUGUUGUGUGGGUGGUUGAUCCAGUGUUUUUACCUCCAGAGGGCAGCAUUUGUCAGGCUUCUCCAAAGUGAACUUUUUGCUGGAAAAACUGCUUUGGCUUUGACUUGUUUAAACGUUAAACUUAACAGUCAAAAGUGAAGUAAAGGCUGCAUCGUGAAAUAUUAUUUUAUUUAAUUUCAUUGCUGGCUUUGUCAUGAUGUUAUAGCAGCAGUUUCAUGCUACAUACAGUACAUGUAUUUACACCUUGAAAUGGCCCAAGUAACAUUAUUGCAUACAAUGUCAGUUUUGCUUAACAUUUAUUUAGCCCACUGUCAAAACACAACACAUGACUUUGUCCCACACCAAAUAUCACAAACAAAUGACAGAUACAACAUUGUUACACCAAAGAUUCAAAAGAUGUGACAGUUUAUAACAUUGGUGUUUGGUUAAAUGUCUAAAAUCGGUCACAAAAUAUUGAGAGCACAAUGCAUCACAAACACAGGCAUUUUUUUUUCAGUUUUCAUACCUGAUGCAACCAUGAGUGUGUUUUGGUAGCCACACUGAUUUUUCUUCCUAAUUAAACUACAAUAAAGUAAACGUGUCUGCAGUAAUCAAAAGCAGCAAGAAAAUAAUGCUUUUAAUGUCUUUAAGAAAGACAUUUCACUUAUUUCUGUUCAAACUCAAGCAUGCUAAGAUGAACAAACAUACUCUUAAAGACAAUUUAUUUGCAGUGGCUGAGGUUACUAUAUAUUUAUAAAGUCAGUUAGAGAAAUGUAUAGUGAAGUAACCU